AUGGAGUCUCGCAAAGAUGGCGAGCUGCUCCUGCCGGCUGCGGCGGUCGCGGGAAGGACAUGGCAACGCUUUCUGCUGCGGAUGCCGGUGCUGGACGCGGCAAAUACCUCCCCUUUGAUCGAGGAGCUCGGUGGCGAGGUGGUUCGGAACCUUUACCGUCGACCGGCGCCGGGCAUUUGGAAGUCGGCCCCGAGGAACUUUUGGCCCUUCGCUGUCUUUUGCAUGUUCAUGUCGGGACUUUGCGUGCCUCCGUUUGCUCGCAUCGCCAAGUUCCAGAAGGACAGCGCUCUUUUUUUCAGCUUUGCUCUGCAGCUGACGGUCGUCAUCAUGUAUCUGCCAAGACUGGGUGUCAUCCUUCGAACACGGAGAGGUCCCUGGCAAACUUACCUGCUCCUGGGGGCUUUCUGGUGUUGCUCGGUGCUUUUGAAAAGCCGAGCCUAUGAAAGGCUUCCCAUAGCUUUCUGCUUCCUAGUUUCCAAUAUCCGGAUGCCACUGGGUCUUGUGCUGAGGGUUUGUUUCUGCGGAAAGCAGUACACCCUUGUGCAAUACCUGGGAGCCUCGAUGAUUGCGAGCAGCAUCCUUGUGGUGUGCGUAAAAUCCGCAUUGACCGCCGACAUGGAAGUCUUAGUGGAUGGCCUCUGCCGGCUACUGACCGCGACGCUUCUCCAGACGGUCGAGCUGAGACUGAUGCGGAACUUCAUCCAAAGAUAUGGAGGGAGCAUUCAGGAGUACACCUUGUUUACGCACCUAUUUGCGCUGACGAUUCUCUUCCCGCCCUUCUGGCGGUCAAUCUCACAUCACAUCCAUAUCUGCUUAAGUGCCAAAGACCACUGGCUCAGCUCAAGGCUAGCAUCAGGUGUUGUGCUCCACUUCUUCGCACGUGGGCUUGCGUCUGCCCUGGCGAGCCGAUCCCCAACAGUGCAGUUGGCGCAGGUGGUGCAGGGCUUUGCAGGCAUGUGCCAAGUCUUCGUUGCUCUCUGGUGCAGCGAAUCUACACCAGAUGCGUCUCUGUACAUUAUGGCAGCCGUGGCUGUUGCAAUUGGCAACUUGCUUUACCUCAGCAAUGUGGAAAACGCAGAAGAGAAUUGCAGCAGCCCGGCUUUGGGAAAAAUGUUGGAGAUGGAGUCGCCAGCUCUGAAGCAGGUUUGGGCGGAGGCGACCCUGGAGGCCAAGCAGGGCAACGAGGAGGCCAUUCGGUCCGGCCCUUAG